ACCCAUUUCGUCCACAUCCAUAGGGAGACGCUGACGCCUGAACACGAUUCUCCAAUCCACAGCGAACAGCACGGGGGCGGAGCCAGAUCGUUGCCCCGUUCAAGUCUUGCAGUCUUGGAUUAUACGGCAGAGUCCAUCUCUCUUCUUGCUCACUCUCCCAGGCACCAACUUCAACCAUGGAGGCAAAGGGGGUAUUGGUCUUUGGAUGUUCGGACACCCUGGCGAACAUGGGCCUGGACGCCGACAAAAAGGCCGUGAUGGCGCAGGGAGUCCCGGUGUCACUCAUUUCAACUGGCUCCGUCACUCGAAACGGAAGCGCCCCGACAGUGAUCGAGACACCGGCAUCAGAACUUGACGGUCAGAUUGCUGCUCUUGAGGCGGGCUUUACGUAUUCUGUGGUCAAGAUUGGAGCGCUUCUGUCUCAUGCCGCCUUUCAAGCCGUAUCUACGGUCUUGUUACGUGGGCACCUAGUAUCCAUCAUAGACACCGAACCGCUCCUCAAAACGGGUUCCCCAGAGUCGGCGGCCAUUCAUGUUGCUGCGCUCAGGGAGGAAAUCUUGCCGUCGAUCGACGUGCUCUCGGCAACGGUUCCGGAGGCCAAGAUACUAUUAGAUGAAGCAAGCAUCCCGAUGCCGUACCCGCAAAGCCUUGACGAUGUCAAGUCAAUGGCCAAUGCGCUUCGACGUCUGGGUCCGAAGAACGUCAUCAUCAAACGUGAGGUCUUUGACGAAAGCGAUGGAAUGACGACGUUGCAUUACGUUCUGUGCGGAGGAGCCGAUCCGAUCAUGGCGACUUUGCGGUUUCCAAAUCCGACACGCUUUUUUGGCGCAAGUUAUAGCAUUCCUCCGACGAUUGCGGCGCACUUGGCGAAUGGAUCGGAUGUAGCGGAGGCGGUCUCUGCCAGCUUCAAGUUUGCCGAGGAGAUGCUUAGAGAAGGGCGCUAUUUCGUUUAGCUAAAGUUUGACAUGCACCGAGGACUCCUCUCCAAGUUGGAAGAAUACGUUGAAACGAU